AUGCCAGCCGGUAGGGAAGAAGAAUUAUCGGAAGACUUCCGCCAACAACCGUCCGCAGUAGGGCUGGCGACGAGCUUCUCAGAGGGCCUUCGAGGUGUAGUGACACCUGAAAGUUCCUCUUCAAACGCAGCGCCUGCCUCUCAUAGACGACGUGCCGACUGCGAGGAGGAGGAGGGCCACGAGGGGGAGGCGGCGAAUGGCGCUGAUCGGCGCCGCGAAGCAGCUGGGCGUGCCGCAGUUGAUGAUGAUGCCCUGGCCGCCGACAAGAUGACCACAACGCUAACUCCUGCGCAAAUGCUAAAUCAACACAGAAGCCGCGUCAAAUUAUGUAUUGAGAACGAAAAGUCCUGGGCUCUUUCUGAUGAGAUAGCGCAAGGUAACCUCAGAAGGCACCAUGAGCUUGGUGACAUGAUGGAGCUCUUUGUGAACCAGGCUCUUCAGCAGCAGCCGGAAAACAUUUUGAAGUUUGCAGGGAUCUUUUUCACGCAGCCGAACUUGAGAGAACUGGUCGAGGACUACUCUCGAGAGACCGUUGUUCGCCCCGACACCCGUGACAGAUUAUACGGCUUAUGA